GCAUGCACAUGCUGGAAAAUCGAAGGUAGACAAAAGUGCUGGAGAAACUCAGCGGAUGCAGCAGCAUCUAUGGAGCGAAUGAAAUAGGCAACGUUUCGGGCCGAAACCCUUCUUCAGACACAAGAUAUCCCACCUGUGCAGGACGGAUCUGCAGAUACGAGAUAGACAUACAGUGCUAGAUUAACUGCAGCAGAUAGAAAAACAGGGUUCAGGGAUACAAGUCCUUGGGAACAUUCCACAAAUUACCAGAUCGUUACUUAAAGUAUUUCAUUCUGACGAACCGUUUCGUAGCCAAAGAGAUUCGAACUACCGGCGGGGCAGUGGAACUGGAGAACAGAAGUCCACAGCCGGUGUCACCGGGACAGAGGUUGUCCGCUCACACUUCGGGGAGAACCGGGCUGUUUGGGAGAGGAUGAAACUCCUACUGGGCAUUGCUCUGCUGCUUCUCGCGGCUCAGCUGUCGGAAUCCGCCUGCUUCUUUCAGCUACAGAGCACAAGCGAACCGGGCAAGUCCAAGGUCUGUAUUGAUACGACCGACGGGUCGGUGCAUAAAGUGGGAGACUCGUGGAACGCAACCAACUGCAUGGUGUGUUGGUGUGAAAAUGGAAGCUACAGAUGCUGUGAACGGUCUCCGAGAACAUUCGUCUACCCUGAAGAUUGUGUGGCCGUAUUCGACAAUGAAGCGUGUCAGUAUCGAACCCACGCGAAGGGCAACCCUUCUCUCGAAUGUUCAUGAGGGGACGGCUGGAAAUAGGGUGGAAUACACACGCAUCUCCCUUCUAAUGUGGAGUCAUGCAUCAAUGGGAUACGGGAGUCUUGACUAUUGCAUGUAAUACCUGUAUCACAAUAAACAUAUUGUACAAU